CUGUAUUCAUUGACUGUAUUGUUUUUACCGCUGUUAAUGCUAUAAAUAAAACAAAUAAUACAGUUAUCAUGCUAUCUUAAUGGCAAUAAUACUGAUAAUACAAACCUAUUCUGAAUUAAAUAACAAAAUGAAUUUUGAAAUAAUACGCAUUUGUAAAAAAAUAAAAUUCAUAUAGCAGUAAGUUUCUAGUGAUUUGGCAAAUUAUGCAACUUAGAGCAUAUUCAAUUAAAUAUUUAUAUAGGUUGCAACAAGCUCAAGUCUUACAACAAUCAGGAUCUCUUCAAAAUGUUUGAUAGUAUCAUUUGUGGAGAUGAUCCAGAUGUCAAAAAUGGCAAACCCGCAUCAGAUUUAUUUCUUUCUUGGAAAAAUUUAAUAGCCCGUCUUGCUUUAACAACUUUUUUUAGGUUAUUUGGGUUUCAAAUCCUUAUUAAUCAAUCAUAUGAAUGCGAUUUUAACAAAUAAAACUUCA